AUGGACUUUUGGGAUUGUACUGGAAUUUUCUUGAUUUUAAGCGGCUUCAAAAUCUUAUUGGCGCAGAAGUACGACCUGUAUCAUUCUACUGACUUUGAUGUUCACAGAAACUGGCUGGCAAUCACUCAUUCGAAGCCGAUCUCAGAAUGGUAUUUUGAAGCAACAUCCGAGUGGACGCUUGACUACCCGCCGUUCUUUGCGUAUUUUGAGAAGAUUUUGUCGAAAUAUGCUGCGAAAUUCGACCCACUUCUUGUGAAGAUCCAAAAAGAUCCCAUUUCAACAGACUAUGUUGUUCUUUUCCAGAAGAUGUCAGUCGUUCUCACCGAUGUUUUCGUCCUUUUUGGAGCCUAUUUCUUUUGCAAGAGCUUCAAAUCCAGGAAUAAUAACUUGGAAGUGGCCUUUCUUAUAAUCUGCAAUGCUGCUUUGUUCGUCAUCGACCACAUUCACUUUCAAUACAACGGGAUGAUUAUCGGACUGCUUCUUUGCUUCCUCGCAGCGUUUUUCGAUGGCAAACUGAAGACUGCUGCGUUUCUUUUUUCAUGUUUGCUUCACUUGAAGCAUCUGUUUCUCUACGUCGCUCCUUUCGUCGGAAUCGCAUUUCUUCAGCAACUCAACUCUUCUCGAUUACGAAGCGGUCCAAAAGCUGCUCUUAGCCAAUUCAUCUCGAUUGCCCUCAUCGUCAUUUCCGUCUCAUCAGUUUCCCUCUUUCCAUUUCUUUCACAACUGGACCAGCUUGUGUCUCGACUUUUUCCAUUCAAACGCGGCCUGACACACUCCUACUGGGCAGGCAACUUCUGGGCCCUCUAUAACUUCUUCGACCUCAUCCUUGCGCGCUUUGGGGGUAUGAAAUCGGGCCUGACUUCUGGACUUGUCGGCGAAUUUUCUCAUCAAGUGCUGCCGAAUGUUCCUCCUCUCGCUACUUUUAUCCUGACUUUUGCUUCGAUGAUUCCUGCUCUUUUCAAGCUCUGGAAUAAGCCAGAGAAGAAGACGUGGAUUCUAUCCUUUUGCUCAAUCGCUCUAUCCAGCUUUUUAUUCGGCUGGCAUGUGCACGAAAAGGCAAUUCUUCUAGCGCUCGUGCCUGCAAGUGGGCUGAUGCUUCUGGAGAAAAAUCUCUUCAGAAUUUUCGGGAUAUUGAUGGUCGCUGGUGUUUCCGGUGUUUUGCCCUUGAUUUACACUGAAUUUGAACAGUCGAUUGUGAUCCCGAUUUUCAUCCUCUACUUGCUGACGACAUUGUUGUUCUUUCAAGCUGACUAUCAAAAGAUGCAUCUCCUGGAAAAGCUCUACAUCAUCAGUUCCGUCCCAACCGUCGCUUUCGUGCAAAUCUGGUCCAAACUUCUGCUUCCUUCUCUGCCAUUUCUCCCGCUUCUAAUUCAAUCUCUUUACACCGCUCUUGGGGUUCACUACUCCUUCAUUCUCAUCAACCUAGAACUAUUUUCUGUAGACAGCUGGGGAUUAAUUUCGUCGAUUGAAAAUGUCACGGCAAGUGGAGACAGGUUCUUUGGGUCGAAUUGGGCCACACAAAGAAAUCAUCAUCAGGACGGAAACGAGCAGAUUCUCGGCUUCAUUACUCAAUUUUUCGGCGACCAACCUUGGAUAAAAAAUCAAUCAGAAGAUGCCUUCUGGAACUUUGUCUAUCUAUCACAAACUGUUCAAAGCAUCUGUACAUCGUCUCAGGCGAACUUCUACCGCUCCAGAGCUGGGCUAAAAGGAACCAUGGGCGCGCUGUACUGGCAGCUAAAUGAUGUCUGGCCGACGGUUUCGUGGAGCUCCCUCGAUCAUUCGAAAAACUGGAAGCCGCUGCAUCACCAAAUCAAGAAAAGUUUCAACUCUGAUUUAUCCCUUAUCACAAACGUCAACGAAAACGAUCAGCUGGAAAUCUAUGCUGUUUCUGACAACGAGGCAAAGAGGGGAAGACUGAAAGUGCAGACGAGAUCUUGGACGAGUUUCGAAGUUUCGGGCGAAGAAGAUCUUGGCGAAUUCGAACUGAAAAUGCUCGAGAGUAAUUUGCUGGUGACCAAGAAUGUCGGCUAUCUUUUGAAUAAGAUGAACUGCCCUUAUGGAAAAUGGAAUGAGUGCUUCUACACCGUCACUUUUAAAACUGAUGAAGACAAGCUAUUUUCAACCUGGCAAUCCUCCGUCCCAAUCCGCGAAAUUCAUACAUUCAAUCAUCUGAAUGCCAGCAUUUCCAUCUCCUCUUGCGAAGAAAAAAUUGACAAGAGUCUUCAGCUGACACUAGAAUCUGCUUUGCCACAGCCUUUCGUCUGGCUUGAAACGAAAUUUCGAGGAAAGUGGGAUGAGAACUUUUUGCUGAUCACCGAAAAACUGACAUCUGUGACUUUCAAGCCAGCCGGGGUGGAGUCCAUUUCUUGUGACGAUUUCCUCAAGAAUACGAAGAUUUUCUACCCAUCAAAGGUUCUUGUCGAGCCACCAAAGCCGUCUGAAACAAAUCGUGCAAAACUCAUCUUCGUUAUAUUUUCCAUUCUCAUCGCUGUUAGUUGUAUUGCCUGUUGUUUCGCCUGCAUGUGUUCGGGAGCGGGGAAAGAAAAAAUCGAGCAAUCCCGAAAUUUGAAAUUUGGAAAACUGCCUCCAAGAGUCGCAAAUAGAAGAAAAUAUCGUCAACUGUAA